AGGGGCUACAAGCGCCAUGUCUCGCCGCGCGUCCUCACACGUGCCCCUCGCCCCUCAUUCCUGUUGCAUACCGGCAUGACAACCCUCUUAUCCGUCCAACAACCAGAACAAGUCAGAUACUAUCACGGGCCUAUAAAUCCAAGACCAACUAACUAGCAGGGCAAGCCGAUCCGCCGCCAUCGCCACUCGCAGCAUCACACGCAAAAGUCUAGAAAGAAGUAGUUUUAGCCCGUGACCACCUUAAUCCCGACGCACAGCCAUCAGCCUCGCGUUCACGAGGGGCCUGCCGCCAUUGCUGCAACUUGGAGCUUCUUCUUCCCGUCGUGAGUGAUAUAAAGGAGCUGGACACGAUGCAGAGCGGCCAGCAGCAAGCGAGGAGGAAGAACGCGCAGGUGCUGGACGGGUCGGACAUCCGGGAGCUGGUGGAGAACAAGGAGGCGUUCGCGAAGUUCGUGGAGAACAAGUUCCGGCACCUUGACGCCGACGGCGACGGGAGGUUGUCGUUGAAGGAGCUCCAGCCCGCCGUCGCGGACAUCGGCGCCGCCAUCGGGCUGCCGGCGAGGGGGUCGUCGGCGCAGGCGGACCACAUCUACUCCGAGGUUCUAAAUGAGUUCACCCACGGGAAGCAAGAUUCGGUGAGCAAGCCGGAGUUCCAGCACGUGCUGUCCGACAUACUCCUCGGCAUGGCGGCGGGGCUCAAGAGGGACCCAAUCAUGAUCCUCAGGGUGGACGGGGAAGACCUGAACGAGUUUGUUGAGAGCGCUGCGUACGAAGCAGAGGCAGUCGCCAUAUUCUCUCAAAUCGAGUCGGGAAAUUCGUCGUUGCGACAAUGUUUGCCCGCCGCUCUUCGACAGCUGACGGUCGAUCACGGCAUGCCACCGGCUUCGGACUCUCUGGUUAUGGAGAAGAUCAUAGUACCUGCAUUGCAGGAACUGCCAGCGGACCAGCUUGACCAGCCAGCAUCGCAAGAGGUCUUCUUCCAAGAGUUCAAGAAGUAUUUGGGAAUGAUCGCCCGGCGACUCCAGGAGUGCCCGAUAAUUGUGGCGCACACGGAGAACACCUUUGAUGGGGCUGGCAUCAGGAAGAUACUGUCGAACAAGUUCGAGUUCGACAAGCUGCUGGAUUCUGUCUGGGGAGAUGUCCCCAAGGAACACAAAGAUAGAACAUCAAAGAAGUACCUUCGCGUCGCGUUUGACAAGAUGGCCGCAUCAGUAAAUCUACCACCGUAUGGAGCUGUUAAUCAGGUGGAUGCUAUGGUGAACGACGCGUUCAAGAUGGCGAACGCCGACGACGGGAAGGCGGUGGACGAGGCCGAGUUCAAGAAGCUGCUGACCGAGAUCCUAGGAGCGGUGAUGCUUCAGCUAGACGGCAACGCGAUCGCGGUCUCCACCAACACCGUCCUCCACGAGCCCAUGUCCACUUCGUCGACCUUGUUGUCACCGUCGCCGUCGUCGCCCACGGUGUCAUCGCCGAGCGAGUAGACACAUGUUCGGUAGAGUAACAGUUUCCGCUGACUGUAGCUGCGGUCGACCCCGGAAUCUACCUGAUUACACUGCAAUAACGUGACGUUCUUGCCUGAACGUCAACCUGAGACGGGGGUGCUUAUAUGCAUACUGUUGAUGUGUGUAACCUGCUCGGUAAUUUAUGAUGAAAUAAGGCUUUUGCUUGCCAGAA